GUAACAAGGGAAUUGAACAACGAAGAACUUACUAGUUAAGACUCGAAUAUUGACCCUAGCCACCUACUCACCCCUUUGUCGUGGCUACCAUAAAUCCAACCAAAACCCAUUCCAGCGGUACCUCCUACAACCUAUUCUCUUCAAUCAUAACCAUGAAACCUCUCGCUUCAAUCCUCUUCUUCUCAUUCUCCAUUAUCGCCGUCUUCUCCGAACCAACACCGAUUACCACCGCUUCCGAUCAGCCUCAACCUAAUCAAUCUUUCAACCCCAACCAAAUUCAAACUCAGAAUGCUGUUGGUGCUAGCACCUGUGCUUAUACUGUCACUAUAAAAACAAGCUGCAAAUCUCCAUCUUACACCAGAGAUCGAAUCAGUCUUUCAUUCGGCGAUGCUUAUGGAUAUCAGGUUUAUGUUCCGAGAUUGGAUGAUCCUAGUUCAAGGACAUUUGAGAGGUGUUCUACAGACACAUUUCAUGUAAACGGGCCAUGUACGUACCAAUUAUGCUAUCUGUAUUUAUACAGAACCGGAUACGAUGGUUGGAGACCAGAGAGUGUUACAGUAUCUACCUUUAACUAUCCACCUGCUACUUUCUACUACAACACUUUCAUUCCUAAUGGUAUUUGGUAUGGUUUUGAUAAUUGUCGCACUUAUUUGCCAACCACUACUGCUGCAGCAAUCUAGUCGACCUUCUUAGCCCGUGAGCCGAGGAAUAAAUAAUGAUAGUUUCUUCUUACUCCCGCAUUUAUCAAGCUCGCAAUUUGUUUGGAUUACAGUCCAGACAAAUCGCGUGUUUUGAGAAAUGUAGGAGGUGAGGAGAGAUUAUCGGAAAUAAUAUGGUUGGUGUCCUACUGUAAAACCCUAUGUUAUGUGUGGGCUUAUUGGACCUUUUAUAAGCUCUUCAUGAGGGGUUUUCUAUAUAUGUUUGUAGGUUUUGCUGUCUGUAUUAUUAUUCCACGUUAUAUACUAUGUGAUAUUUUGAGAGACUGGUUCGUUUUUUAUGAAGAAGUUUCUUUUUUUGUUGAGAA